AUGUUACAGAUGCAGGAAAGAAUGUUCAAGAGCUUCUUUGACUCGAUCGUAACUAACGUGAACACUCGCCUCGACUCUUUAACUCAUUCAGUAGCCGAGUUAAAAGCAAGAAUUGCUAGUUCGGAAAAGGAAACGGGUGAUCUGAAAAACAGCCUUGAGUUUUCGCAAAAGGACAUGGAUGACUUGAAACCAUCAUUACUUAAAUUACAAGAACUGGACUCCGCCAUUGAAGAAAUUCAAGACGACUUGGACCAUCAAGAAGAACAAAUGGAGUAUUUAGAAAAUCAGAGUAGGCGAAAUAAUGUCAGAGUCGAUGGCAUUCCCGAAGAGGAUAACGAAACGUGGGAAGAAACUGAAGCUAAAGUAAAGCAAGUUUUGAAAGACGAGUUGAAUCUCGCCAGUGCUCCUGACAUUGAGAGAGCGCAUCGCGUGGGUAAAAGUUCGCGUAGGCCAGCUUCGGCCCAGAAUUCUGCAAGUCGUCCUCGAACCAUUGUGUGUCGCCUUCGUAACUGGAAAGAGAGGGAAACGAUCCUGAAAUGUGCCCGAAGAAUUAAACCUGACAAUAUAUUUGUGAAAGAAGACCUAUCUCCAGCAACCCUUGAAAAACGAGAAAGUCAACGUGCAAAGAUGGAAGCAGCCAAGAGAGCAGGGAAGAUCGCUUAU